GCAAGCUGAUAAUCGCCAAAUCGGUGUGCCAAAAGAAAUUCGCUACAGUGAAUUGCCAACCAAUCGAGCAGUCCAAGACCUGCGCGCAAUCUAAUCGCACAAGAGACCCACUUUUGCUCCAUACGAAUUUAGCGCGAACACAGAGCGCACACGAAACGAUGGAAUUGAUUUUAGUUUUCCUACUCGCAGCGACGAUCAUAUCUCCUUCGGGUGCAGUUGUCCAACCCAAUGCCGAGGAAAUUCGUAUACUUUCCGAUUGUCUUCAAAGUUAUGGCGGCAUAACGGAGGAGAACUCGAAGCGUUUGGGACGUUUUAAGGACUGGUCGGAAACGUAUGAAGAGAUACCAUGCUUUACAAAGUGCUACAUCAAGAAUAUGUUUAAUAUGUUCGAAGAGUCUGUGGGAUUCAACGAUGAGCAGGUGAUCAAGCAGUUCGGCCAGCCGCUUCACAAGGCAUGCAAACAUCGCAUGGAACCUGCGGCAGAUAGUUGUCAGCAGGCCUAUAAUGGAUUCCAUUGCCUCGUCAAUUUGGAGGAUGACCCUUUCGUGAUAAUCGAGAGCAUGAAAAAUGUCAGCAUCGAGGCGAAAACCGCCAUGAAGGACUGUCUGCAUCGCUUUGAUCAGUACGAAUGGGAGCGCAUCAAAGAUUACUCAAAAAAUCCGGUGCGCGAACCCAUCCCCUGCUUCACCAAAUGCUUCAUCGAUCGCUUGCAACUUUAUAGCCAACAAACUCGCCAGUGGAACAUACCGGCGCUGACGUCCAAGUUGGGUGUGCCUGCCACUGGAGCAAAUAUACAACACUGUCUGAAGCAGAGGCGCAACCGCAAUGCCUGUGUUAGCAGCGCAGCGACAACAAAGGCGGCGGAACAAGACGUCGAUUCCGAUACAGAGAUAUUACGAAAAUGUUUACGCGAAGUCGGCAGCAAAGAUUUGGUCGGUGAGCUACAAAAGGUUGCACGCUACUCGAAAUGGACAUCAGAGGAGGUGCCCUGUUUUACACGUUGUCUCGCUUCCAUGAAGCACUGGUUCGAUGCGGACGAAAGCAAGUGGAACAAACAGCAGAUCGCCGAUGACCUGGGUGCCGAUAUGUACAACUACUGCCGCUAUGAGCUUGAUCGCUACAAUGAGGAUAGUUGCGAGUUCGCAUACACUGGCUUGCGCUGCUUGAAACAGGCGGAGCUCUAUACUCUGGAAACUUACAAGAACAUUGUGAGUUGCGCCAGCGAGUUAAAUGUCACCAUGAAGGAACUACAAAAGUACGCCGCUUUUCCGAGCAAGGAAGUUGUGCCCUGCCUCUUUCAAUGUCUGGCAGAGAAGAUGAGUUUCUACACGCCAACUUAUGAGUGGAAUUUCGAUAACUGGGUCCAGGCGUUCGGACCGAUGCGCCAGGAUCGUACGGCUUCAAAUGUCUGCAAAGUGAGUGCUGAGCAAAUGAAGACGCGCGACAAGUGCGAAUGGAUGUACGAGGAGUAUAACUGUUUGGAACGCUUGAACUACAACACAGACGGUUCUUAUCCAUUGGAAAGCACGACACUGAGUGCCGUUAUCACACGUAAAACGGCAGCGGCAGUCGAAGACAAGACAAAAGCCUCCUAAUAUAGUGGAUUAAAUUAAGGAGAUGCACAUAACUGUAUUCAAACAACAAACAUUCAUUUUAUAUGUACAACCAGCGCUUUUUCAGCGAGUCCCAUUUUAUUUUUUAAUUUAACUUCAUCUUCUUUAACAUACAAAUAACGUGCAGCUCAAGAAAAUAAACGGUAAUUCUUACAUUUA